UCCCUGCUCUCCGAGUGGUGCUCGCCACUGAGUGCACUCUCAUGUCCGUGUUCCAGCGGGGAGCUUCUCCAACCUGUUUACCGUGUUGCGACAUUACCGCCCGAUCUCUCGACUUCCGCCAGAAUUGAGGUCAUAUGAUGGCCGUGCCGCAACCGAGGGAUCCUGUCCCAAAAGCCGCCCGAGACGCCCGACACACCGAGCAGGACGCACAUCCUCGGUAAUAUCGGGCGAUAUCAGUAUGCGAGGCGAUGUUGAUGCGCUGUUGCAUCGGGUCCGCUCACGUGGUAGGUUAGGCAAACCCCAUUCCCGCAUCUCGGCCACCGGCAGCCAAACCUACCCCAAACGCAUAAGCUAGAUACCGAUUGCGCCUGCCAGUGUGUCGGGUGUUUGCGCCUUUGCCAGUGAUAAAACCGGGGCCAUCGAAACAGAUGUGUUCCAGUGCAUUAGUACAUUAGUGGACAGUGCGUAGCUAGACAAUCUCUUAGCGUAAGACCUGAUAGGCGUAGUUCAAUAAACGUAGCUAGCCUGAAUCUCCCACGACUCUACUUUGGCGGAGGAGAAGGAGCAAGUUUACUGUGCUCCGUUUCGAACGGGCUCCGAGUUAGUGCGUUAUCUAUUUUACUGUACUUUGUUAUUAUAAAUUGAGAAAGCACAAAUCAAAAAUCCGCCCUAGGAUGCAAAACAUCUCCAUCCCUUGACUGUGUUUUUUUGUACACCCAUAUACACCGUCGCGCAUCAAAAUUUCGUUCAUCAAUCAGUGGAGCAAGUACCAGCAAAUACAGCAAUCCAGCAUCCUUGCAGCACGGAAUGAUACGCUGUCCGUACAUUCAUGAAAUGCAUGAACGCCUGCUAGGACCAACGCCGAGACGACCACUACCAAUAUCAUAUCCGCCGCUCGCCAAACCGGAAGUUAUGGAUCGCGAAAGUGACUGUCUGCUGGACAGCCGCCCAGAGAGCCGCCAGAUCGUGGGCACCGUGGUGAAGCUCAAUCCGGACGGGUUCGGAGCGCACACCACCUCCACACAUCACCACCAUCAUCAUCAUGGGCAGCAGCAGCAGCAACAGCAACUGCACCACCGUACGCCAUUAGUGCCUUGCAAUGGAACGGAAGAUGACGAGGUGCGCACCGGAAGGCAUCACGCGCUGCGGGAGGGUGAUGGUACGAUCACGAGCACCAUUAGCGACUCGGAUGACGACGGCAUCCAUCUGCGUACGCAUCUGCGCAAGAUCAUAGAGGGCCGCAAGCCGAAAAAUGCCAAAACGUCCCUCUUCAUCGUAACCAGUCUCGUCUACGCCAUGCUGCUAAUCGUCGUGUGCGUCGCGUACGUUAUCAGCGAUGUCACUACGCACCGUCUGCCAGUGAUCUACUACGAGGGCUUCUUUACCUAUCUGUACGGUGCGAGCAUACUGUUCCUGCUGUACGUGUUCUGCUUUCUGCUGCAAGAAAGUUCCUGCUGCAACGGCAAACCGAAACCACCGAAGGAGAAGAAACCGAAGAAGGAAAAGAAAUCGAAAAAGAACGCCGACGUGGAAGCGGGCAAGGAGGGCAAGGACGGGAAGGAAGCGGGCGCCGCUAAGGACGGUGCGGGAAAAUCGACCAAGGAGGAGCCGAAAGGCAAAGGCUCGUCCACCAAAGCUAGUUCCUAUCAGUACUCGAAAAAACAGGAAGUUUACCCGAAAAAAAAGCGUGACCAGCUGCGCGCGUCUCAGCAUCGUCGCGAGUCUGGCGAGGUGGCAGUUCCAGAACCGGCCACGGAACGAAUCGCUACAUCGCCCGCAAUGCCCACCACCACACCACCGGCCACACAGUUGCAGGAAGCCGCACAGCCCAACCCGGAAGCUGCCAUGUCUCCACGAUUUAAGCGCAAAACUACUCAAGAUCCAGCUCAUGGCAGUUUCUUCCUGCGCGUGGGAGCAAUCGCAUUUGGGCUUGGUACCAUGAUUUACACCGGGCUGGAGUUUGGAUCGUUCUUCGAGAUACCGUUCACCUCUCCGUGCCACCAGAUACUGCGCGGCGUCAAUCCACUGCUGCAGAUGAUCUUCACCUUCAUGCAGAUGUACUUUAUCUUCAUGAACGCACGGCUCAACAUACACCGCUUCAAGGUGCUGGCCCGGUUCGGGCUGAUGCAUAUCGUGGCCACCAACAUCUGCGUCUGGAUUCGCACGCUGGUGCUGGAAUCGCUCAAGGAGAUCACGGCCUACCAUCAGCGCCGCGGUCCAGAGCCGGAGGACUCGGUCAUACUGGAGAACAUCCGGCAGCACACGCUGCGCAACGCGGGCAUGGUGAUGGGGAUGGAGCUUGCCCCGGGCGGUACCGAUACCGAGUGGGAACCGAUCAGCGUCAACCUGAACGCGCAGGAGGACCUGCUCUCGCAGGACGCCUCGAGCGUACUGUCCAAGAUUGUGCAGGGCACGGCACACACGAUUACCGAGGCGGCCACCACGCUGGUCAGUGCCGCCACGCUCACGUCCACGGCAGCCCCGACCACCACGUCCUCCUCGACGAGCACCUCGACCUCGACCACAACGACCACCACGACAACGACCGCGAGCCCGACGACGACGACACCGGCCUGGAUAGAGCCGAGCACUGGGGCGAGCAGCACGACCACUGCCCGCGGGCUGCUGGACCGAAUCCGCGACAUUGUCGCAACCGAGACGACUACCACGUACGAAACGCCCGCGAACCAUUUUGGCAGCGCGCAGCACACCCUCUCGACCAGUGCCAGCGGGGUAAACGCAACGGCGGCCACGCCCUCGACCGGAUCCUCCUUCCUGGACUCGUUCAUGGACCACGUCAACUAUCUGCAGCGCAACAGCAGCCUCGACCAGACGUACGAAAGCCUGGACGCGCUGUUCCCGUCCGCCUUCAUCGCGACCUCCACCGCUGUCUCGACCAACGCGACCGCAAUUAGCUGCGGCCGGGUGAACAUCAUGGGCACGAUCGUCCAGGACUCGGCCCCGUACCUCUACCCGUUCAUCAUCGAGUACUCGCUGAUCGGUGCCGCCGUCAUCUACGUCAUGUGGAAACAUAUUGGACGCUACCCGAAGUUCACCAAUGAGGAAGAUCUGGAGCACCGUCUGGAGGUGAUGCUGUCGCGCCGCGCUGUCGUCAUGGCCCAGCAGGCACGCACCGGCCGCGUCGACUGCGUGGGCGCCUCCAAGGGACUCUUCUUCGGACUGCUACUGCUCGUCGGCUCGCUCAUCUGUCUGAUCCUGUUCUUCGUGCUGGUGAGACAUCCGCAGCUAUCGCUGCUCGCGAUCUACCUGGCGGACGUGUCGCACUGCGCCCUCAUGGCACUGGCCAUCUUCGCUAUCAUAAUUGGCUUCAUUCGCGUACAAAACCUCAAGUUCCGCUGCGAGGAGCAGAGCAACCUGAACGACAUACUGCUCCGCAUCUCCGCGUUCGGGCUGUUCGUGUACUCCACCUUCAGCGUGAUUGCCGGCUCGCUGAACGCGUUCGAGAGCGAGCCGAACCUGCUGGUCAUGGUGACCGGGAUCGUCGCGGUCGUGCAGGUCGUCAUACAGCUGCUGUUCAUUGCGGACGUGUCGCGCCGCCGCGUGCACCUGCCCGAGCACGAUCGCAUCAAGCCCGGCCGCCAGAUUGUAACGUUCCUGCUGAUCUGCAACAUCUCCAUGUUCGCCAUCUACACGUUCGAGGCGCAGAAGGUAUUCGCCAACCCGGUGCAAUUGGACUUUUACGGCUUCAUUGCUUGGUCGCUGAUCCAGCGCGUUACCCUGCCGCUGUGCAUCUUCCACCGCUUCCACAGUGCCGUCACGCUAGCGGAGGUCUGGAAGACAACCUACAAGGCACGCCUGGAGUAAGCGCGGUUGGCCUAUCUUCACAGUUGCUGAGAUUUUUGAGAUGUUGAGAAAUGCGAAGCUAAGUGGUUCCAUGAAAUAUUUAAACAACGCAGAGAGAGAGAGAGAGAGAGAGAGAGAGGCAGAGGGUAAGGAAGAGAUAAUAUAGAGAGAGAGAUGAGAAAUAUCAGCUCAGUAUAUUAAUUCAUGGUUGAAUGUUCUUUAUCAAGUACAAGCAGCAAAUCACAAGCAAGCGAUUUCUCAUCCUUCAAAAGUAAUGCAUACCCCAAAACUCCAGACGACCACGAUCAAGCGAUAAAAUGGCGAUUAUUUGAACAUUUGGCGAAGAAUGUGACAGCUCUACCGAACACUGUUGGCAAACCUUAUACAUGGAAGUUCUGAGGCCAGUGGCAGCAGGUGGCGACACUAAAACAAGUAAACAACAUCGCGGUGAUUUGUUUGAGAAGUGUAUUUACUUCCCUCCUCAUUCCCAAGAUUUUUUACAAGAAUUUUACUUCCCUUUUUCGAAAACUACGUAAAGUAAAAGUAAGAGUCCUCUGCGAGACAGAGGAAGCAGAUCAAUCGAACUAAAUGGAGGCAGAGCGCGUUUUUAAGAAGAAAAAAUAGACAGAGCGCGCGCGUACACAAAUUUAACUGAAACUUUAUACACGAAACGAAGCAUGAAUUAUACACAUUUUACCGUUUCCGCAUAACUAUUGCCCUAAAAUCCAGCGCGACCCCUCAACUCCCAAUGACACGAUACCACGCGCUGGACUGGUUUGCUGUGUUUUUAGAUUAUUGCCCCCGGCGAACAGGUGCUGCCUGCUCCGUUUGCUCCGCUAGUGCACACUACCGUCUGCCCGGUUAAGUACACGGAGCGCUGAGUCGAAGGCCCCAGACCCCCUACUUACAGGCUUACAGGCUAAGAUUUACUUACAGGCUAAGAGAAAACGACCGUUUUUCCUUCCCAGCCCGUGCCGAGUAGCGUCUACACUGCAUAAAAGGGGACAGUUACAGUUUUUCGACUUUUUGUUUUACUUAACUUAAGAAUUUGUGCAUGCAAUAGUUCGUAUACACGAUAGCGUACCGCCAGGUUACUUACACGGAUAUACAAUACGACUUUACGCGGGAUGGAGGUGGACACAAAGAGUGGGAGAGAAACCAAAGCAGGAGUGUAUUGAAAGCUCAAUCCAAAAUUCGGAAACGAUCUAGUUAUGAUUAAUCGAGAUGAGAUAUUUUAUUUAUGUUGAUUUUGUUUUCUAUUUUUAACGGUAAGUUUAAAGCAGCAAGUGCGCAAAGCGGGAGUCGAACAGUGCGUGUUCGAAUUCAUUUCUCAAUUUUCGAAACGAAAAACCGAACAAAGUGAGUGAAAAAAUGCUAGCCCGUGUAGGAGCGGCUGCAUUUGGAGCGUUUUGCCAACGUUGGGAAGCUGCCAGAACAAAAAAAAAAAACCUUCCAAAAGGAGUUCCCAAUACGACCAAAACUUCAAACGCUCCUAUCUGUAGGGGAUGGGUUUUUAUUUAUUUAUUUCUGAUACUUUUUUUUCCUAUUGCAUUCAUUGUUUUCUCUCCACAAACUUUUAUGAGGCAAUUUUCAAUGAAAUCGACGAACGCGAAGCCGUAAUGAAAACUAUAAAACACAUACACACAUGACACAAGACAUAUAUAUUAUAUACAUAUUAUAUAAAUAUAUAUACAGUUAUGAAACUUGAAAAUUUUAUUUACACCAAACGUGUUUGAAACAAACGCAAGGCUGGCAAGGGUCGCCUGGUAGAAAGGGUGUUUUCCGUUCAGAGAAAUCAAACAAAUCCGAGAGCAAAUAGACGACUAAAAGCAGCCAACUAACUUCAAAUGCCAUACUAUUCCCGUCACACGGCAUCGGUUGGAUGCUGUUUCCCCAAUCUUGCUGAGCAUCAAAACUCCGCGAACCAAUCCAAACUUUCCCGAGUCACUGUCAUUGUUGGAUGAGAAGUUGAGCGAAAGCAAUAUCCACGUUUGAAGUUUUGGAGUCAAGUUUGGUUUUUGGAUGAUUUGCUCAAACAAGAGACAAGAGUAGCAAACGAUGCAUGUGCUGACGUUGAGUGUUGAGCUGAAAUUUACUUUGAGAAGCGUGACUAGUUUCGUUUUGGCAAUACCUACGUACAAGAAUUUAAACAUUGAAUUGUCCAAAGCUCAAUGCGGAAAAAGAGCUAGAGCUAAGCAGGCGAUACAUGUAAGAAUAAUGUUUAAUAUUGCUAUGUCACAGGGUGUCUGAAUGUCUACAAACAAUAAACUGAACAUUGGGAGUCGACCGACUGGAUUCCUCAAGGUAGAUACGCCGUCUCCUACAAAGAGCGGGCGCGAUUCGAUUCCCAUCCUAGUAGGAGCUGGCUAUACCCUAGCCCAAGCCUGUGUUGUGUACGUCUUUGGAAUGAUCGUGUAGCUCGUGCUACGCCCAGCAGAGAGCAACGUAACUUUGAUCAUUACAGUUCAAAGUUGUAUCGCGUUUGAGAACCGUCAAUGAAACCUUGCUCGGGUAGAACACCUGCUCCGCGAGUGAAAAUGCAUGCUAGAAUGUAAUUUUCUGUUUUGUUUUUCGAACUUGACGGCGCCAGAUGGGCCGGCAGCGGAUACGCUAACAAUACAUGAAUGCCCACCAUGUUUUUACAAACGUAUUUGAAAUGUAUUUGAACUAUUUAAAACAAUAUUGAAGCCACCGGAGGCUUCCGAUUGCUAGUUAGUAUCGUGUUAUGUAUCAGUAAAAGAGAAGGAAACAACAAAAUAAUUAAAAUGAAAGCAAAGUGAGUCUCGUUUUGCUCCUUUUUUUUUUUGCUCGAGGUGAGUUUAUACAAAACGAGACAACUUAAAUAAAACAUGAAUAAAUAAUAGCAGACUAAGACGGAUAGGGAACUCCUCCAGUACUUUGUCCGUAGCAUCCCAACUACUUGCGAUUUUGGAGAGUGAAACGUUAGAGCCCGACAGAUUAAAGGUCACGAUAAAAGCAACCCAGACGAUUGAAAAAAAAAAUAAGCAAAAAUGAUGAGAUGGAAAUCGAUGUUCAAACCACAGCUAACCGUAACCGAGCAUUUGGGAAAGAAGACACCCAACAAAUACAGCAACAGCAACAACAAAACAACAAUUCAAAUACACUGUUUUCGGAGGGACAAUGUAUGCGAUGAAAACGAAGUAGCCAGAUACAGACACAAAAUAAAACAUCGAAGAAUUUAGAGAUGAGAGAGCAUAUAGAGCCGAGAUUGCCGAGAAAAAUAAAAGGUAAAGAAAAACUACACACACACACACUCUCUCUAAUACAAACCAAAGUUUUGGACCAUUUGGAGCAAACAGUUACGAUUGUCGCUGGUAGUAGUAGUAGUUGUUUAAACAGUAGUAUCUGGGUAACUACUAGGAAUAUUUCCCUUUUUUUUUUCGAUCCUUUCUGACGACUAAUCUUUUGAUUUCGGUGAGUAGUUUGUUUAACGAUUUACAACAGUUGUAACCGAUUUAUAGCCGUCAAGGUGCGUCUGUGCGAACUCACACAAAACAUUGAAGAGAAUUAUUACAUUAGGUUGUGCAUAGAUAGCUCUCGCUGAGAUUAGUGUAGCUCUUAGUAUUCAUUGUACUUUUUUUUAUGACAUCAUACUAAAAUGCAUUUUUGUGAAAUAUGCAUUUGAAAUUUCGCUGGUUUCCUGUCUCGGGGUUGGUUGUACUUUCGAAUGCUUUUGAUACUAAUAAUAUGAAGGCACAAUAUUGUUUUUUUUUUAUUGCACAAGAUAGCAAUACAAUCCAUAUAAUAGUCGAUUUGUAAUGUAAAACAAUGCGUGUAGCAUAAAAACGUGUGUGGAUGGAGUGAAAUAGGACACUAGAUUUAGUUCUGUUUGUUGGGGGAUAAAUUAUUAUUUUGUUUUUACGAAUUCGUCCGUUGCUGCAAUAUUCUUUUUGCGUUUUGCAAAACUGCUGGAGCUGGAGGACAGAGAAAAUGUCUUCAAAAUAAUUACUUUCUUUUGAAACGUAAAUUAAAACAUAGAAUAAAAUUAAAAAAAAAGACCUUACAACCCACCCCCCCAUUAAGAAUAGUAAGAAAAAAUAAUAAGAUCAAGAUGUUCAAACAACAAUCCACAGUCUAUACAGAGAUAGAGCUCUGAAAGAAUUCAAACGAGACACAUCAUACGUAUUGACUACAGGCCCCACAGCAGAAUGUCUCAAGCCAGUCGUACAGUAUACACACACACACAAACACACUAAAGAACUGCACUAUUGGAGUGAUGCACCACAGGCACACAGAGCUGUGCGGAAAUGGGGGAACACACAAGAAAACAUAACACUGCCUGCCACAGAGAGCGACCGUUUCCUUCGCGCCACAAACACACAAAUAAAACAAAACGUAAACGUAAAACAAUGUCUCCCGCCCCCUCUCUUUUUUUAUUUGUACAACUAAUAGACAGAUAAACACACGCAAAGAAAUGAAAUGUAUAACCAAUGUUAAAUGGCGAAGGCGAUCGGUAUGACAGAGAGAGAGAGAGAGUGCGCGCAAACCAUAAGAAUAAACGUUGAAACAUUGAAGCCAAACCUUCAUUCUUACUUGAUAAAUAAAUCAUAAAGCCAUAACCGAUACUCAUACAGUAAUGUAAACGCACAAACACACAUGCGUUCAUACAUGUGCAUGCAUGUCCACUCAAUUACAUAUCACCCCGAAUACAUUGGCGAUAGCGUGAUCUCUUGAAGCAGACGAGCGAGUGCCAUUUGCCUGCCGAGACACGGGAACCAAGGUGAGUAAAGUGAGUGCCGGAAUAAUGGAAAACGGAAACAUCUCAAACAAAUCACUGUAAUGCAAAAAAAAAAUAAUAGAGUGGUACAAAAAAAAGAAGAAAUGAAAACAAAAAAGCGAACCGGUGCCAUGCGAGCGUAAAACAAUAAGUAGGAGACGAACGAGUCACUCACAAUUACUAGGAGCGAGUACAGUCGCUUAGUACACUCACCGUGCUGGGUGGGAUAUGUUUUACCGCGCUCAACGCGUCUGGACAGUUAUUGAAGCGUUUUGGAAGCAACGCUUAACGCUCACUAUCAUUGCAAAACUCAUCGCAAAACAAACGUCCUGUGGAGAAGAAAGUCAUCCAGACAACACAGUGACAGUUUAUCGCAACAAGAAAUGCAACAGAAGAAAGAAGGAAAACAAAAAAAAUAACAAAGUAAAAGCAAACACGAGUAAAUGAAAAUAAAAUAAACAUAGUAUGACACACGUGAGGCAGUGCAUAGAAGAAAUUAACAAAAAAGAAAAACCAUUCCCAUUGUAAUCAUUAUUCUUACGCAUUCAAAUCUGCAUGUAGCAUCUAGUUUGUCGCAGCAGGCGGUAAAAUGAAGAAAGUAAUACAUUUAUUAAAUAAAGGUAAAACAAAACCAAAACAACACACUCAAAUAUUACUAUAAACACGGACCGAGAACGGCAAGCCGAGAGGCACGAGGAAGGAAAACAACAUUUUAGCAAGCGUACAGUAAAACGUAAAAAGUAAAUAGCAAAGGCGAAACAAUUUUCGUACAAAAUUGAAACAGCAAGUAGACGCGCAAACGAAAGAGAAAAGAAUCCCCUCAUCCGCCUGCCGCAUACAGACACACACUCACCCGUACAUGUACAAUGUGUAAAAAGGAAAAAGCAAAAAGUGUGUAUAAAAAAAAAAAAAAAAAAACAAAAAGUUUAUAUUUUACCGUAGAAUAAGUUACGCUGAAUUUUGUGUUAAGCAAAGCACAAAGAACUUACCAACAACACACUGGUGUAUGCAUACAAUCUCCUGCAUAGACCGGACAUGCAUAAAACAUACGUAUAUACACAAACACACAGCAUACAACAACACACAAUGCAAGUCAACCAGAGCUGUAAAAAAGUGGCACACAAAACACCUAAAGCUGCUGCGACAGAGAUGCUAACGAAAACGAAAACAAGUUUAAAAGAAAAAAAACAAGCAGUUACAAAUUGCAAACAACAGAUUAGAUGAAAGGUUCGUAUAUUUUUAUAAGAAGCGAGUCAAAUUUUGUUAAACAUUGCCCUCAAUUAUCGAUCAAACCCCUUUCCCUGGAAUGUGCGGCGAUGCAAAGCGAAGGAGAGAACGGUGGUAAUGGAAGGCGCAAAUCGAACAAGAAACUGUUGUUAAAUCACAAGCGAGCAGAGGAAGAUUACGGAUUGAUGCGCUUGCAUACUAACCCUUGUAAGGGAAAGGGGGUAAGGAUCUUUGUUGUGAUUAUGUAUACAUUGUACCUUCCUUACCUGUACGGAGAAGAAAACAAAAGUAAUCAAAACGAUUGGGAAAACAGAGCCAAUAGCAAAGGUGACGCUAGCGGAGGGGAGUGCGAAAAGUAAGGGCAAGCUGGGAUGAACUAGAUUAGGGAGCCGGAUGUUGAACUGGUGAACUUUUCAAGCAAAUGGCGCUAAGAGUGUGGCUCUUGAUAGACCAUAUAUAUAUUCUUGUUAGUUUUAUUAUUCUUCAAAUUCGGGAGGGAGCAUACGGUCAGCUGAAAAGUGAAGAAAGCGAAUGAAGACACAGAUGAAUCGCUAGUGUAGUUUGGUGCUCCGCGCGGAAUCAUCUAGCGACGAGCAGCAGACCACAAACAGUGUUGGUUGGCUUAUGUUUAAUUACCUUAAUCCUGCAACGUUCUGUAAAGCGAAAAAGGGGGCAAAUGCAUAAUGCAGUGCAGAUCAUUUUAAAACGUAUGGUAGCUUUACUUUGACAAUUUCAUUACAUGAGCUUAAUUAUUCCAUUUCAUUUUCAAAAAAAUAUGAAAGAAUCAUUCCUUCAAAAGAGGCCAUAGAUACUGUAGGAAUCCAUGCACUGAGACAAGGGUUGAUUUUUUUUAAAUAAACAUCAUAUCGAUUAUGUUGCUAGUCGUUCUCCAAUUUCCGUAUAAUAAAGCUACCAUAAAGAACCCCGAAAACCAGGGAGUGAGAAAUACAAAAUGAUUUUUUUAGAAGCAAAGCUCUACACAGAUUGAUUUAUAUAUUUAUAUAGAUGUAUGUGUGAGUUUUUUUUUUUUGUGACACUAAAGUAUGAAAUACCUAGCGAAGAAACACUACAGGACGAGAAUGCUGACUAUAAAGUGUGCUGUUUGGUUAAUUUGAUCUCCCGUAGGGUAGUUUGCUUGGACAGGAUUGGUACAUUACACACACACACACAAAAUGCAAUGAAUACUAGUGACAUACACACACACUACACUUUAAAGAUUACAAGUACGAACCAGAACCCGGAAGCACCGGAAUGUUUGGCGGGUGGGAAUGAAGAUGACAAUGGAUGAUUGUAUGAAGCCACACGAUCGCGCUCGUGCGUGUGGGAAUGUGUGUAACAAACGAUCUCGUAUGUGUAGAAAUCAGUUGAUGGAAUAAAAUUUGAACCUAUUUGGCUAAUGAACUGUAAA